UUGUUACAGAACAGGAAAGAGGAAGCAGUUGGUGUGCUCUCUAAGAUUUACUCCUCACCCCGGUUGGAGGACGAGAUUGCAAUUCUGGAAGAACUCCUGGAGCAGGAACGCAAGAGUGAGGUGAAAGUGAAGUACAGUGAUAUUUUCAAAAAGAAAGAGAUUAGAUGUGCAUUCAUUUGUGGGGGUGGACUUCAGGCUUUUCAACAGUUUUCUGCUAUCAGCAUCAUAAUGUACUACAGCCCCAUAAUCAUUCAGAUGGCUGGCUUCAGAUCAAACCAAUCAGCUUUGUUCCUCUCCCUCAUUGUUUCUGGCAUGAAUGCAGCAGCCACGAUUCUAGGCAUCUACCUCAUUGACAUUGCUGGUCGUAAGGUGCUCGCUCUUGCUAGUUUGUCUGGUAUGACUAUCUCCUUGGUCGUCCUCUCCACAUCUUGCUACCUCAUGGGACAUGGCAACGCAACUCAAACACUUGGAUGGAUUGCUAUCUUGGGUUUGGUUUUGUAUAUUCUUUUUUAUGCCCCAGGAAUGGGUCCAGUGCCAUGGACUGUGAAUUCAGAGAUUUAUCCUCAGGAAUACAGGGGGUUGUGUGGUGGCAUGUCAGCAACUGUCAACUGGAUUUGUAGUGUGAUAAUGUCCACCAGCUUCUUAUCUGUGGUUGAUGCCAUAGGUCUUGGUGAGAGUUUCAUGAUUCUUUUGGGAGUAUCUGUCAUUGCAGUUGUUUUUGUGAUAUUUUGUAUGCCUGAGACCAAAGGGUUGACGUUUGAAGAAGUGGCAAACAUUUGGAACGAGAGAGUCCAUGGGAAGGACAAAAAUGUGCAGAAAACGCAACUUUGAGUUCCUAGUUAGUGUACCAAUCUAUGACAAUCAAGCUCAUCCUCUCUCUACUUUUAGAUGGAUCAGUGAAGUUUUUUCUCUAUUGAGUGAGUAAGUAAGACGAGGAGAGUGAUCCAUGUUUUGUGUCCAUGAAAUUUUAAUUCAAAGUCUUGGAAAGAUAUUUUCAUUUGGGUUAUUGAUGUUGAAUAUCGUUUUGCUCAUUAAUUAUGAGAUCUCUCUGUUAUACAAUCUCUUUCUGACAUUACUCUCAAUGGUCAUACUUCGCAAAUGAUCAUUUUC